GCGCCCCCAACCCACAUCAUUAGCCUUCAUUUUUCAGCUGCGAUUUUUUUGAAGCCCUUUCUCUCUCCUCUCUCUCUCCUCUCUCGAUCUCUACGGCCUCGCUCGCCUUCGAUCUCAGAAAAUUAGGGUUUCCAGCACCAUACACCUCGCAGUAGCUGCUGCUGCUCUUUUCUUCGAACUCCACUUCUCUCCGCCUCUCAUCCACACCUUGAUUCCAAAUUCCACUAGGGUUUGCAGAUCUGCGCAGCUCCGUCUUCUUUCUCUACUGUAUUUGUCGGUUUUGUCUCUUUUCGUCAUGUUUUGGAAACUCACGGCUCUCUCUACCUCCUCUCCUGUGGAGUCAGUAUUAGACAAGGAAAAUUUCACUUUGGAAGAGCUUCUGGAUGAAGAAGAAAUAAUCCAAGAAUGCAAAGCUUUGAAUAGUCGCCUCAUUAAUUUUCUACGAGACAGAGCCCAGGUGGAGCUGUUACUGCGGUAUAUUGUUGAAGAACCUCCUGAGGAUACUGAAAACAAAAGAGCGUUCAAGUUCCCAUUUAUUGCCUGUGAGAUAUUUACUUGUGAAAUUGAUGUUAUUUUUAAGACUUUAGUGGAGGAAGAUGAGCUAAUGGACUUACUUUUCUCUUUCCUGGAACCAAACCGUCCUCAUAGCACCUUGCUUGCCGGAUAUUUCAGCAAGGUUGUUGUGUGCCUUAUGCUACGGAGGACUGUCUCUCUUAUGAAUUAUGUUCAAGCUCAUCAGAAUGUUUUCCGCCAACUGGUUGAUUUGAUAGGAAUUACAUCCAUCAUGGAGGUUUUGGUUCGGCUUGUAGGAGCCGAUGAUCAUGUGUAUCCCGAUUUUAUGGAUGUGAUGCAAUGGUUAGCUGAGAGCAACUUACUAGAAAUGAUUGUGGAUAAAUUGAGUCCAUCUAGCCCUCCCGAAGUUCAUGCUAAUGCAGCAGAAACACUGUGUGCUAUAACUCGAAAUGCUCCAUCAGCUCUUGCUACAAAACUUUCCAGCCCAAGUUUUGUUGGAAGGAUAUUUGAUCAUGCAUUGGAAGAUUCACAUUCAAAAUCUGGCCUUGUCCACUCAUUGUCUGUUUGUAUUUCUUUGUUGGAUCCGAAAAGAACAGUUUCUUCUCCGUUCAUUCAGUCUAUCCGGAGUCAGCACAUGUAUGAGUCACACAUCCCCGUCAACCCUGAGACUGUUGGCGCAAUGCUGCCUAAACUUGGUGAUUUGCUUAUGCUUUUGAAUGUGUCAUCUGAUGAGAAAGUUUUACCCACAACGUAUGGUGAACUGAGACCACCUCUUGGGAAGCAUCGGCUGAAGAUUGUGGAGUUCAUUGCAGUACUAUUGCGAACUGGCAAUGAAAUUGCAGAGAAGGAAUUAGUCAGCUCUGGGACCAUUCAACGAGUCCUCGAUCUCUUCUUUGAGUACCCAUACAAUAACUCCUUGCACCAUCAUGUAGAAAGCAUUAUAUUGUCAUGCUUGGAAAGCAAAAAUACUAUCAUUGUCGAUCAUCUUUUCCGAGAAUGUGAUUUGAUUGGGAAAAUUCUUCAAUCGGAUAAACAUCCCAUUAUUUCUGGCAAUCUUAAUCAGGUAGCUAGAUGCAUUAAUCAGCCCACUAUACCUGCUGCUGGAAGAAAUGCACCACGGGCAGGAAACCUUGGACACAUUACAAGGAUUUCUAAUAAGCUUGGUCAGUUGGGAAGCAGCAACAGUCGCAUUCAAGCCUUUCUCCAGGAAAAUAGUGAAUGGAAUGAGUGGCAAACUACUGUCCUACAGGAGCGCAAUGCUGUUGAAAAUGUUUAUCGAUGGGCUUGUGGCCGCCCAACUGCUCUGCAAGACAGGACAAGGGAUAGUGAUGAGGAUGACCUUCAUGACAGAGAUUAUGACGUAGCAGCUCUAGCAAAUAAUCUAAGCCAGGCUUUUAGAUAUAAAAUAUAUGGGAAUGAGGAUGGUGAAGAGGAUCAUGGAGCUCUUGAUCGAGAUGAUGAGGAUGUCUACUUUGAUGAUGAAUCUGCUGAAGUAGUGAUCUCAUCCCUGAGACUUGGUGAUGACCAAGGGAGCAGUUUGUUCACAAAUUCCAACUGGUUUGCAUUCCAAGAUAACAGAAUUGAUGAAACACCUGUAAGCACCUCGCCCGCAGAGAUGAUGGAUGAAGUCAACUUGAAUGGGACUACAAAUGGUGGUAAUAGCAGUAGUGAUGAUGAGGUAGUGGUUGGAGAGGAUGAGGAGUUGGCUGAAAGCAAAGAUUCAAUUAAUGGCACUUCCAGUUCUAACAUAGACUUCCUGAACGGAUUUAAUAGUUCUAUAAAUGGAGUGAUCAACACACAGAAUGAGAAGCCAAGUGCUUCUGGUGAUUUGAGUUUCUUCCAAUUUGAAACAACAGACAAUGACGACCAGUUUGGAGAUAGGCCUUUACCUGAAUGGGUGGGAUGGGGAGAAUCAGCGGAUUUGCAGGUUGGUGGGUCAAGUUUGAAUCCAUUUGAGGAUGAGAAUGGAGACACUGAUGUUACCCAUCCUAUUCCAGCUGAGGAAGCGGUGCUGAAUGUUAAUUCAUCAUCACAUGGAGAAUUGGUACUUCCCAAUGGCUCCCCAACCGCUACGGGCAGUGAAGGGUCAGGAGGGUCUGGUUCAAGUCAGAGAGGUGCCACUGUCCCGUCUUUGUUUGAAGAAGAUGUUGAAUUUGUAGGCGUGGAAUUAGAGGGUACUGAGAAGGCAAUGGAACAGGCUCUGAAGGAGGGGAUUGUUGGGGAGGCAGGGCCACUGAAGAGGAACAUUAUUGCAAAAGUGCCAGAAAAGGAGAAUUCUGAUGACGGAGGAGCUGGGAUGAAGGAGUUCAAUGAUGCAAACUACUGGAGGGUUGAUACAGAGGUUGCUGUUUUGGAGUGAUGAGCGGGUUUAUCCUGGUGGGGUUGAAACCUGGUAGUAGAUCCCUGCAGCCAAAGAUCCCAUUUUUUGGUUGGCAAGAGCUCCGCAGACAUAUGUACAGUAUAUUUUUGUUUCAAGAUGGGGAAUGGAUGGUAGGUUAUGGUUAUUAUGGGCUAUUAAUUGUUACUCUGAUUGUUGUUUAUUAUUCAAGGUUUUGUUUCUUGCUGUUACGGAUUUGUGGGGUUUACCCUGUGCAUCAUCAUAUUUUAUAUUUUAUUCUGAUGGGAGUCAAAAUUUUGUUCA